CCCGCCCCGCCUCUCCCGGCCCCACCCCGCCACGCCCCGCCACGCCCCGCCCGCGGCCCCCGGCGUAACCCCGCUCUCGAAAUCAAUCAAGUGGCCGGCGCCGAAAUGAUCGCAAACACGAGCGGGGUCCUGAUCCGGACCAUGCUCUUCCUGGUGCAGAACAACCACGUGAUGGCGGACAAGCGGAUCGACACCAACACGCUGUACCACAUCAAGACGGGCGAGAGCCACGCCACUACUAAGUGCUUCGGCAACCUGACCGAGUACGGCUGCUACUCGCUGGGGGAGCCCUGGACGUCCGAGGCCAGGCCCAUCUCGCUGUACCCGGAGCCGCCCGAGGUGCUGGACGUGCAGUACUGCCUGUACACGCGGCGGAAUCGAACAUGCCAGCUGCUGGAAGUAACAGAGACUACAUCCAUCUCCAGAUCGUCGCUCGUCCCCGGCCACCGCACCUACUUCCUGGCACACGGCUUCAUCGAGAGCGGCGACAAGCCAUGGCUGCAGCUCAUGAAGGACCGCCUGCUGGAGCGCGCCGACGUGAACGUGGUGAUUGUGGACUGGGGCCGGGGGUCCGGGCCGCCGUACAACCAGGCCGUGGCCAACAUCCGCAUGGUGGGCUACAUCACGGCGUGGCUGCUCUUCCGCAUGAAGAUGGCAGUGGGCUUGAACCCCGAGCUCUGUCACAUCAUCGGCCACAGUCUCGGGGCGCAUCUGGCGGGGUACGCUGGCUACCACCUUCGGGAGGACUUUCGGCUCAAACUCGGACGCAUCACGGGUAAGUCUCCAACCUGGCGUCGCGAGUCGCGAGGAGGCUCGACGCUCAGCGCCGUGCGGGUAGGCAGCCCAGCCGACGCGACGCGCAGCACUGCGCGGCACGAGCACACGAUUGACCACCGGACGCCCCGCCCAGGGGCGGAUUCCUGGGGCCCCUGGGCCAGGGGCUUCUACCCGAACGGCGGCAACAACCAGCCGGGCUGCGAGCAGAACAUCUUCAGCUUCAUCUCGCAGGAAGACGGCAGCCUGUUCAAAGGCAUCAAGAAGUUCAUCGGCUGCAACCACGUCCGCGCGCACGAGUUCUUCUCCGAGACCAUCCUGCGCACGCACGCCCAGUGCGGAUUCUGGGCCGUCGAGUGCGAGAGCUUCGACAAGUUCAGAAACGGGUCCUGCUUCGCCUGCACGCCGCCGGGCCACCACCACCCCCACCACCCCCACCAACCCGGCACCAAAGUGGCGCACAGCACGCACAGCGGCCCCCUGUGCGCCAGGAUGGGGCUGGAGGCGGGGCAGAAGCGCUUCCAGCACGCGGGCCGCCCGGUCCGCCUGUACCUCCUCACGGGCGCGGAGGCGCCUUUUUGCAGGUGGCUGUACCUCAUCACCGUCCAGUUCUCCUCCAGCAACAAGUCCGUCACGGACGGUGGAGAGGUGGGCAAGAUCAACGUGUCUUUGCGGGGGGAUGCAGGGGUCGCCAAGGACAUGCACCUGUACGACCGGGAGACGUACUUGGCGCCGGGCAGCACCCACCAGCGCGUCGUGUCGGGCGCGCGCGUCGGCACCAUCCACAGCGUCACCGUCACCUUCGAGUACGUGACCUCGGUCAACCCGCUGACGUGGCGCUUCUUUGAGGUCACCAAGAUCCACGUGGCGUCCAUCACGGUCGAGUCCCUGAGCGUGCACGGCAAGGAUAGGCUCAAGCUCUGCACCAAGGACGACACCAUGGUGUCCGGCAAGCCCGUCACGCUCACCAGAGCCAACGACUGCGGCUGAGGCUGACGUCGUCCCGGUCCCCGGAGACCCCGACCGCCGACAGGGCCUCGGACGCCUCCACGCCGACGGCCCGACGGCCGGGGCGUUGUCCGAGGCCGCCAGUUUGACCUGGAGCCCGACAUCCCAGGACAUCCCUGGACAUCCCUGGACAUCCGGGACUCCAGAUUGACCUGCUCGACGUCAUGACCGUCGUGUAUGUGGUGGGGUGGUGCUUGUGCCCCCAGCACCGCACCUCGCCGGUCGCCCAACGACUCAAGACUUUGCUCGACUGCAGUGCCUGUGUGUGACUGUGUAUACCUGCGUGUGAGUGUCUGUGUGUGCGUGUGUUUGUGUGCGUGUAAAAAUAAUGACGAAUUAGAGAGAACCACUGCUGGUUCGAGCGCUGGGUCUGAUGAGAGUGAUCUGGAUCCGAUCGCUCAGGUCAUUGUGUGGUUCCAGUUACUGUAGAGUAUGGGGCCGCCUCCAGUUUGAGUAUCAGUAUUUGAAACUACCAACCAUGUCAACUGGCGGCGAGUAGUGAUGAGCAGUAUUUAUUUUUUAUGUUUAAUUAGAUUAUAAUGCAUGGUGCCCUUUUUAUUCCUAUUGUGAUUGUCAUUGUCUUUCCCUAGAACUUGUUAACUUAUUGUUCUUAAUGAUGUAUGGUGUCAUGAGAGACAUGAUAACUAAUUUCCACUUUUGUGGCACUUUUGUGAGAUGGGUGAAUGUAUCUCUGAGAAAUAUUAUUUAUUUUGAUGGUCCUGCUGUGGAUGUACUUAUGUGUUUAAGUUUUGUGGUAUCCUAAGAUGCAGCUGACGUGCCUACUUGAUAUGUGGAAGUACUAAAUAAUCAAAAAAACAAGAUUCAAACAAAUUUUUUAAAAAAUCUUUGAAAAA